AUGAUCGGGCAUCAUGCAGAACACGUUUCAAGGGAAACAUUAGUAGGAUUGUUUAGGUGGAAAAAGUGUUCACGUGCACCUUGCUGUAAUUGGCUCUUGCAAUAUCUACGAGGUAGAGUUUCAACGCUCCUGGAGGAUCAUAUCGCUGGGAAAAGAGAUCAAGAUGUAUUGGCUAGCCAGCUGUCCACUCAUAACGAGACCAGCAGCACCACCCAAGUCGAUGCCCAGUUAAACACGUCAUUACAAACGAGUAAGAUUUACAGUGCAGCAGAAUUAUGGUUCCCAAUGGUUUUGACCAUUUUAAAUAUUAUGUCUGGCAGCUAACCGUUUCCCGAUGAUGUCAACUGCAGGAAACAGCUGGAUUUAGCUAACAGAAAACUAUUCGGAAGUGUUCCAUGUUCUACAGUUGUCAGAUUUUACAGCUUCAUCUGUGCUAACGAUCAAGAAAAGAUUUUUAGAAUCAAAUGAUAGAAUAGUUUUAAUAUAUGUACUUAAUAUAAACUAAUACGACACAUUAUAA